AUGACAUACGGGAACAACAUGUCAACAACGGGGUUACGAGAUCCAUCUGAGGACAUAGUAGAUGUCCCAUUGACCCAGACGGAAAUCAUUCUUUUCAAUGUGAUUCUCAUACUCGGUGUCCUCUUCAACAUUUACACAGCGAUUGCACUCAUUCAGACCAAUGUGAACUCACUCCUGUCAAAACUACUCCUAUACAAUCAGAACAUUAUGGAUGGCGCGUUCGGGGUCAUGGCCAUUGUAACAAUCGAUUCUCGCAAUUUUGAAGAACACGGUACCGGUCAAUCGAUGAAUCCAUUUGUAUGCUAUAUUUUGAAAAAUUGGUUUCUUCUACGUGUUGUACGUCUCCUACUUGUUUGUAAUGUUGUUUGUCAGUCGGCCGAUCGAUUUUGGGCCAUUGUCUAUCCGAAAACGUAUCGUGCAUAUACAAAAGUCUACAUCAUCACAUGUUACGUCUCGAUUCCUGUGUAUGCGGUGCUUGGUUCUAUCACUCGCGUGUUCGCGGUAACCAUGGUCAAUGGAGAAUGCGUCUCGAACCAGAUCCUUUUGAGUGAAGAAGUUAUGACAGCCGUCGAGAGUAUUUUUCGCUACGGAAUUCCCAUGAUAUUUUUAAUAGUACUGAAUAUUCUGGUAAUCAGACGGUUGUAUCAGUUACGUAUUAUUCGUUUGAAAUCCACGCCAACUUCGACCCCUUCACAGGACAAUUUGACCGACGAUACGGAACGUGGGGAAAAUUCGACCCGUGCAAUCAUUGCUGUUCAGAUGGCGAUAUUUUUGAGCGCGAUCGUUCUCAUGGUUGAGAUGACCUUGCUAGAAUUGCUCAAUAUCACGUUGUCUGCGCUGAGUCUCCACGAGUGGGUGGAUUUCGGGCCGGAUUCACAUCUACGCAUGUACUAUUAUAUCCUUUUAGGCUUUUUUGCUGGUAUCAACCCAUGUCUGCAAAUUCUAACCAUGACCACAUUGAGAAUUACCAUGAUAAAACAAUGGCGUAAACUCACAUCCAAAUGCUGCACAAAGAGAUCAAAUACAUCACUUAAUUGA